AUGGCAACCAUACCCACCCGCAGAGGUUUCUCUGCACUGCUGAACACGACCUCCUCUUCCUCCAGAGCCGCCCCGCUCGCCUACCGGUUACCACGCCCAUACCGCCAUAUCUCCACCACCAGCCGCCGCAGCGCCACAUACGCGACCGCGCCCAAAGCCGGCGCCACAACGACAUCGACGGCAGCAAAGACUACGUCCUCGUAUAGCAGACCUGCUACAUCGACAAGCACAUCUAGUGCUGCCCCCGCUGCAAAAUCAGCUGCUACGCCAUCAUCCAGCACUACCACCACAACCACCGCUGCCGCCGUCCCACGCACAGUAGUCCCUUCAUUCCCUGCCAAAGAACCGCCCGUACCCACCACUCGCUCCACCACCGCUGACUCUCUCGCACGCUCGCAGCGGUCCCUCACCGACGGUCUCUCCGACGCGCCUGCGGAAAUCGAAGGCGUGCCCGCUGUAGACUGGACGCGCUCGUACCAUGGCUUAGGCAGUAUAUCAUUUACCCCCGAGCAAGCGGAGACUCUCCUUGCGCCCAUUACACAGGACGAUGUCGAAGUUAAGCCCGAUGGGAUCUUAUACCUCCCUGAGAUUAAAUACAGGCGUAUACUGAACAAGGCGUUUGGACCAGGGGGGUGGGGUCUCGCGCCCAGGGGGGAAAGUAUUGUGACGGGCAAGUUGGUGACGAGGGAAUAUGGCCUGAUCGUUCAGGGACGCCCCCAGCCCACCAUCCUGACAAGAAGAAGCCUCGUCUCCAUUGCCCGUGGCGAACAACAAUACUUUGACCCCGACGGCAUCCCGACCGCCACCGAGGGCUGCAAGUCCAAUGCGCUCAUGCGCUGCUGCAAGGACCUCGGCAUCGCCAGCGAACUCUGGGAUCCCCGCUUCAUCCGCGACUUCUCCGCCAAGAUGACAAAGGAGGUCUGGGUCGAGCAUGCAAGCACCAAGAAGAAGAGGAAGAUUGUCCUGCGCAAGGAUGACUCGGCAAAGUAUCCGUUCAAGGAGGUCAAGCUGUAG